UUCAAUUCCGUUUUAGGGUUUGAAUUCGGCAUCUCUCCCUCUUCUUACCCCUCUCCCUCGCUCUGUUGUCUCGCUUUGCUCCGUCGAGUGCCACCGCGGUCAACGUACUCCCCCGAGUAAGAUAAACUGUGAGAUAAAGAAGUUAUGGAGAUCUCUGAAGAGUUAGAUGCACCAGAAGUUAAGAAAUUUUUGAGAGGCAAAGCUCCUAAUUUGGAGGUUUUACAAGACAAAAAAUUGAAGGGUCAACUCUCUGUUAGAGAAGAAUUCUAUGGAAUCUCUGCCAAAGCCGCUGCAAAGGCUGCCAAGUGGCUUAUGCCUAGUGAGGGAGGAUUUCUGGAGGCUGAAGGUCUAGAAAAGACAUGGAGAAUCAAACAAGAAGCGAUAGCUAAGGAAGUAGAUGUCUUGAGCUCCAGGAAUCAAUAUGAUAUAGUCUUACCAGAUCUUGGUCCUUACACCGUUGAUUUUACCUCCAGUGGCCGGUAUAUGGCAGUUGCUGGACGGAAAGGACACCUGGCUAUUGUUGACAUGCAGAAUAUGAACCUGAUAAGAGAGAUGCAGGUCAGAGAAACAGUGCGUGAUGCGGUGUUUUUGCACAAUGAAUUGUUCUUCGCUGCUGCUCAAAAGAAGUACACAUAUAUUUAUAACCGGGAUGGAACUGAACUUCACUGCUUAAGGGAACAUGGUGCAGUGUUAAAACUUCAGUUCCUGAAAAAUCAUUUCCUUUUGGCAUCAAUAAACAAAUUUGGGCAGCUCCAUUAUCAGGAUGUCACAACGGGUGAGAUGAUAGGCAAUUUCAGGACAGGCUUAGGUCGAACUAAUGUAAUGGAAGUGAAUCCCUUCAAUGGGGUCGUUGCUUUAGGUCAUUCAGGUGGUACAGUGACCAUGUGGAAGCCUUCUGCCGUCAAUCCCCUUGUCAAGAUGCUCUGUCAUCAUGGGGCUGUAUCAGCAAUGGCAUUCCACCCUAAUGGCCAUCUCAUGGCCACGUCUGGUAAAGAAAGGAAAAUUAAACUUUGGGACUUGAGAAAAUUUGAGGUUCUUCAGACUCUACCAGGGCAUGCAAAGACCUUGGAUUUCAGUCAGAAAGGUCUGCUGGCUGCUGGAACUGGCUCAUAUGUACAGAUUUUUAGAGAGACAGAAUCUCAGAAUUAUAGCAGAUACAUGGGGCAUUCUAUGGCAAAAGGUUACCAAAUAGGGAAAGUGUCGUUCCGUCCAUAUGAAGAUGUCCUUGGAAUAGGGCACUCCAUGGGUUGGUCUUCAAUUCUUAUUCCAGGUUCUGGGGAACCCAACUUUGAUUCGUGGGUUGCAAAUCCGUUUGAAACACCCAAACAACGGAGGGAAAAGGAAGUGCACUCACUUCUUGACAAGCUCCCACCUGAGACAAUUAUGCUGGACCCCUCAAAGAUCGGUACAGUGAGGCCCUCCAAGAAGAAAGAGAAGCCAACAAAACAGGAGAGAGAGGCCAAUAAGGAAGCUGCUGUUGAAGCUGCCAAGGGCAUCACCAUGAAGAAGAAAACAAAGGGCAGAAGCAAGCCAAGUAAGAUAUCAAAGAAGAAACAGGAUAAUAUUUUGCGAGCCAAGAGGCCUUUCUUGGAGCAGCAAACGCAUGAAGAAAUGUCGAAGAAGCAAAAACUAAUCAGUGAAAACAAGGAAGAACUACCAGUUUCUUUGCAGAGGUUUGCUUCUAAGAAACCCAAAAGUUAAUUUCUUUUAUUGCUUGUGUAUCGUCGUCUUAGCCAAAUUGUAUUCUAUAAAUUUUGACAGCAAAGGCAAUUAAGCCAGCGUGCUUCAAUUUUGAGAUCAAAAGGAUUUUCAUUGUUCCCUUUCCAAAUUUUUCUUAACACAAGCUAAUCGAUUUCUGCGCAUAGAAUUGUGUUAAUUCUA